CAAUCUCUCUCUACAUCUAGGGUUUCAUUAUGGUCGACGAACGUCAACAGCAGCAGCAAGCUCCACUUCCGGGCGCUUCUCUUGGCCACAACCUCAUUCCUUUGGUCAACGAACUCCAAGACACCCUCGCUCAGUUAGGCAGUUUCUCUAGUAUCGAGCUCCCUCAUGUUGUGGUUGUAGGUAACCAGAGUAGUGGUAAAUCUAGUGUACUGGAAGCUCUUGUAGGCCGUGACUUUUUACCCAGGGGCUCUGAUAUCUGCACACGUCGACCGCUCGUGCUUCACCUCAAGCGGAUACCAGCUGAUCAUCAAGAGUACGCUCAGUUUUUGCACAUACCGGGAAGGAACUUCUACGAUUUCAAUGAAAUUCGCACGGAAAUUCAGGCUGAGACUGAGAGGGAAGCAGGAGGAAACAAGGGUAUCUCUGACAAGGAGAUCCAUUUAAAGAUUUUUUCACCUAACAUGCUUGACAUAACCCUAGUUGAUUUGCCUGGCAUAACAAAAGUUCCUGUUGGUGACCAGCCUUCUGAUAUUGAAGCUCGUAUCAGAACGAUGAUAAUGUCAUACAUAAAGAAUCCCAGCUGUUUAAUUCUUGCUGUGACACCAUCAACUGCUGAUCUUGCCAACUCAGAUGCACUUCAGAUCGCUGGAGUUGCUGAUCCAGAUGGUUACCGAACUAUUGGUGUGAUAACAAAGUUAGACAUUAUGUACAAUGCUGGGAAAUUUAUGCCACACAGAUCGAUUCCCCUCCGACUUGGUUAUGUGGGCGUUGUAAAUCGUAGUCAAGAGGAUAUUACGCUGAACCGGACCAUUGAAUAUGCACUUGCGGCUGAGGAGGAGUUCUUUCGUAGUCAUCCGGUUUAUAGUCAGAUUGCAGACCGUUGUGGGGUGCCUCAGCUCGGGAAAAAAUUGGACCAGGUAUUUAUUUUGCAAUCUGGUCAAGCACUUUUGAAGCUGUCACUGUUAUCACCCAUGACCGAGAUGAUUUUAAUACACUGUAUUAACACAGUGCUACUAGGUUUGGAAUCACGCAUUGGUGCUACAUCAGGUUCUUUGCCUGAGGAGCUUGCUGGUUAUGGAGAGAUUGCGCAUUAGUGCUACGCUUUACUAUAAACGUGUUCUGGAUAUUUGAAAACUUCUUGUUUAUCUUUAAACCGGUGGUUUCUGGAAUGUUUGAGAAAAAAUGUCUACUAUAAAAUGAACCUAAUUUUAUUC